AUGAAUCUUCCCAAGGACUUGGACUUCUUUGUCAUGCUAUCAUCUGCUAGUAAUAUUAUUGGACUCACCGGUCAAUCUAAUUACGCUGUGUGGAAUUCGCACAUGGAUGGCCUCGCACGCUAUCGAAUCGCUCACGGUCAGAAAGCUGUGUCCUUGGAUCUUGGAACUAUGAUUGACGACGGUAUACUGGUAGAGACUGCUCGGCUUCUUGAUAAGGUGCCUGCAUACGGGUCACUAGUACCCGUCACACGAGCGCAAUUAUAUGGUAUUCUGAACGAUUAUUGCAAAACUAGUAAACAGAUCCUGGACCCCGACACGGCUCAGCUGGUAUGCAGAAUUUCUGGAAGUGGUGACGACCGCAAGACGCUGGUUGAAACGCCCCUCUUUAGCCGACUCGAGCUUGACAAUAUCUCCGGUGACUCCGUUUUGCAAGGCGAAUGCCAUAAUAAGAUAGAUUUAAGAACCUCUUCCAGGAGGUGCGUCGUUGGUGAUGGUGGAUCUAACGGCGGCGACGAGAGUCAACUCACUCACCCACAAUGGACUUUAGGUUGA